UGGCCCAGGGGCAGGAGAGGCUCCCAUCAAGUUUCACACAUCCUCUUCCAGAUAAUAAACUCAUUUUAUUUAACCGACCGAGGUCUGGGACUCUGUAAAACAUGGCUGCCUUUUCAGCCUGGUUCUGGAACGAGAGGUUCUGGCUCCCACACAACGUCACCUGGGCGGAUCUGGCAGACCCAGCUCCCGGGGUCGAGUACCCCAAAGCUGGACACUUGUUUGCUGCCUUCCCGCUGGCUUUGGGGAUUUUCGCCGUCAGGAUACUUUUCGAAAGGGGCAUUGCCAGUCCCUGUGCCCGGAGUCUCCACAUCCAGCCGGGUAUCGGACGAAGAGCGCAGCCCAAUGCUGUGCUGGAGAAAGUGUUUACAUCCAUCACCCAGAAUCCAGACUCCCGCCAUCUGGACGGCCUCUCCAAGCAGCUGGACUGGGAGGUGCGAAGGAUCCAGCGCUGGUUCCGCCACCGCAGGAACCAAGAUAAACCCAGCACGCACACCAAGUUCUGCGAGAGCAUGUGGAGGUUUACAUUUUAUACGUGCAUAUUUACCUAUGGGCUCCGGUUUCUGUGGCAGUGUCCUUGGAUGUGGGAUACACAACUUUGCUGGUAUGGCUAUCCUUAUCAGGUCAUGACUCCGGGUCUCUACCACUACUACGUGACGGAACUGGCCUUCUACUGGUCUCUCGUGUUCUCCCAGUUCACCGACAUAAAAAGGAAGGACUUCCUGAUAAUGUUCAUCCAUCACCUGGCGACAGUUAGCCUGAUCAGCUUUUCUUACGUCAACAACAUGACGCGAGUCGGGAGCCUCGUGAUGUGUGUCCACGACGCCUCCGACUUCCUGCUGGAGGCAGGUAAAAUGGCCAACUAUGCCAAGUACCAGCGCUUGUGUGACUUCCUCUUCAUCGUGUUCAGUGCGGCGUUCUUCAUCACACGAUUAGUUAUUUAUCCAGUAUGGGUCCUGAACUCCACUCUGUUUGAGAGCUGGGCCAUCGUGGGGCCGUACCCGUCCUGGUGGCUCUUCAACUUCUUGCUGCUGGUCCUCCAAGUGCUGCACAUCAUCUGGUUCUACCUCAUCGCCCGUAUAGCUGUGAAGGCCAUGCUGCGGGGCAAGGUGAGCAACGACGUGCGCAGUGACAUCGAGAGCAGCUCGGACGAAGAGCCCGACACGCCCACAGGGGGCCCGAGGGCCUUUUCUCAUUCGCCCAGGGGGGAGAACGGCACCAGGAGCCACUGCGGCGUGCAGAACCACAGCAGCUGGUGACAGGAAGCUGGGAGCCCCCUGCAGUUCGUCCCUGGCGUCUCCAACCGCUCUGUCUUUUUGACAUUCCCUUGACAUCCAAGGCACACACACACACACACACCCACAGCUUUGAAGAGCCCCGCACUGACACAACUCGAGAGGGGACGUAUGAAAAGCUGCAAUGAUAUCAGUUGAAGGAAGUUACUUGCGUAGUCUUAUUCUUUAAAUGAUGGGAUUUUUCUUUUUUGUGCCGAGUUUGACUGCCGUUGUUGAUUUGUUUCAAUGUUCUCUCCCAGUUUUAUUGGUCAGAUGAACUUGUAUUAUUUGUGUGUUACUGUUUAAUUCACACUGGAUCCCGUAGGGUAGAAAACACUAAUCCGUAAAGGUCAUCUGAUGUCACAGUAGGUAUUACACAUAACGGUUUAAAUAACCGUUGUAGCUGUCGUUUGAUCAGCUCCUGAAGGCGCCUGCUGUGUGUAGGAGCAGAAGUACACACACAGCAGCAGUUUCGGCCUUCAGCGAUUUAAUGUGGAUUUUUCUCUUUUAACAUUGUUUGGCAAUUUUGACUUAACGUUUAUUUCCGUUUUACUGUAGUUGUUUUUUUACUACUUCUUCCGAGAUUAAAUGUUAAUGAAAUUCUU